AUGCACUCCUACCAGUUCUCUCCCAUCCCCUUUAUCUAUCCCCGAUUAGGUUUCUCUAGACACCGACAUGUCGCAUUGCUGGACCUCUCGAUUAGAAGCUUCACUGCUAUGGAAAAAGAGAUGGCUAUCUACGAUGCAUUACAACUUCAACCACACCGUAACUUUACUCAAAGACUUGGACCUGGCAGCACUGAUUACUUGUUUAUUGAAAGACUUGAUCCGUUGCAAAAGGUGUGGUCGGUUGCGAGCCGUGAAGAUCGUCACCGAUGGGCCCUAGAUUUGCUUGAUGCAACCAGCUGGCUGGAGAAGCUUGGCUUUAUUCACGGAGAUCUCGCAGUACGUAAUCUAGGUGUUGACAGCGUCAAUACCUUGAAGAUCUUCGACUUCGGAUCAAGUUCACCAUCUGAAUCUUCAACUGACGUGAUAACCGAUCACUUCGAUUUAGCAACGUGUUUGCAUUUUAUUCUUUCGGGUGUGGAUCCUUUUGCAGGUGUUCAGUCGCGUUCAGAAGCUAUUCAGAUACGAGAUACGCUACAGGCUGGUCGAUGGACUAUCGCACAAGGCGCUGAAGUUAUUGGGGGUGUUAUUCAGGACGGUUGGACUGGAAGGGCUGGCGCUAAGUCUUUUAAGGACCUGUUAAACCAAGUCACUAGGAUCUUGGGCGUUCCAAGUGUGCCUCUAGACUUGAAGGCUAGGAGAGAGUAUUACCAACGUCUUCAGCUGCGCUGUCAGGAUUGGUUGUGUAAUACACCGAAGAACCCGCUUUGGAAGAAGCCCGACGAGUAUAUUGCGAGCCCAAUUAAUAGCACCCUCUUUAAGUUACUAAGCACCCUUAUUAUAGCUUAUUAUAACUAUACUAUGCUUAGUUACGGUUCCCUCGCCUAG